AUGUUAUACGAAUUAAUUGCAAUUGUGGGUUCUUCUCUCCGUCUUUCUAUGUGGUAUCCAUCGUAUGCUGACUUUGUUUCUGCGCAGGUCCGACCCGGAAGUCUUAAGGAGGUCAAGGAGAUCGCGAAGAAUGCCGGUAUCCAAGUCCUUCGCUCCGGUGGCGUAGUCCGCGGCUACACAAACUGGGGCACCUUCACACUUCCCAAGCCUACGACAAAGCAUCAAGCUCGAUAUUCUGAAGGCUGGCACUUCAUCAUGCGCUUUGAUGCGUCUGGACCUGUGCAAGCUGCCGUCCGCCGAACGCUCUCUCUCGACCCUCGGAUGAUUCGUUUCUCGGUUCUCAAGCUGGGCGACAAGCUCGAAGAAAUCAACGACGUGCCAGGUCAUAUCGAAUGGAACCCGACCAAAACCAGUCUUGCAGACACCAUCAAUUCAAGAGAAGCCUUUAGGUCAAGGGAUUUAAAGGAGGCUGCUAUUCUUGGUUCUCCUCUCCGAGACUCGUCCGAGUAG